UAGGGUUUUUAAGAGAUAAUUUUCCCGCUAGGCGCCACGACGGAACGGGCGCUACAGUGAUGCGUGAGAUAAAAUGGCGACACGAGGAAGAGGUGAGAUUAGAAGUGAGAACAUGAAACAACGCAUUGCGUCAUGUCCUCGAGGCCUCGAUCGACUCAUUGAGAUCGGCGACAGCCACACGACCGCGUCUCCCUGCCUCCCUCAUUCUUCCCUCAAGGCACCGAGAAUAGUAGCGGUAUUGGGUGACCUGCCUCGGUGCCCAGCAGCAAUAUUGGGUGACCUGCAUUGGGCAGGUGUGGUGAUGAUGGCCCCCUGCUGACCUAGGCCCUAAGCGGUCGCACAACUCGUCUUGACCCAUAGUCCCCUGCUCGUACUGCUUGCUACAGAGCACAGAGUAGAGGCCGACGACGAUGAGCACGCCGUUGAGUAGAUUUCCAAGAUGCAUCUUCUCGUUGAGGAGGGAGCCCAGCACGGGCCACCACCACCAGCAUCAGCAUGAGCGGGUUGAACAGCGGGCCGCAUUGCUUCACACAUCACGAUAGCACCACCAGCAUGAUGUCGAAAUAGUUGGAGAAGGAGAGGGAAAUGCCACAGCUCGCCGAUGAGCUCCUCCGUGACCGUCACCCCUCUCCCCGUCGACCACCGCCUUUCUCUCCGUCGCACGCCUCCCCCCUCCCGACUUGGAGCGAGAGAUGGGGAAUGAGAGGGGAGAGGAGGAGUCCGGGAGAGAAAUAGAUGAGGAAGAAGGGUUGGCGGUUGACAUGUGGAUCCCACUCAUCCCGUCAACCAAAACCAGCUACUAUACCGCCGGGGGAUGGGCCUAGUGAAUUGAGGGAUUUAUAGUGAACUUACUCCUUAUCUUUUCAGUUCUUGUUCCAAUUCCGAUUACGGUGGUGGCCCAUGUAAUUAAAAGGCCCAUAUAUAUAUAAGCUGGCAAGGCCGCAAGACUGAAGAGGAGAGGCAAUGCCAUGCAUGCAGAUGAAGAUCGCUUCUCUUGUAUGUAAGUAUGUAUGUAGAAGGAAAAUAAGGGGGAAUAUAUAUAGUAAAAUAGUAAUUCAGGAGUGGUGGGUGUUCCUGAAAGAGCUCAUGGCCACAGGGCUUAACAUAGAAUCAUCUUAAUUGUGCGGAAGAAACAAAGCAUGCACGCGCAGGAGGAUGGAGUAGUAGAAUGGAUGGAUGGAUGGAUGGAUGAGGGUAGCUAGCUAAUUGGCAAAUUAAACAAAGAAGAAGAGGAAAGGAAGGAAGGAAGCGAAGGAUCGAUGAUGCCGGCCGGUCCCGGUCCCUUGGUGGUGGUCCUCCUCCUAAGCCUGCUGCUGUUGGUGGCAGGGAUCCAUGGGCGCCUCCAGCACGAGGAGGAGGAGGAAGAGGAGGAGGUCCAGGACCAGGAGGGAGGCAGCAGCAGCUUCACCCUUCCGGUGUGGGCGCCCCACGUUCCGGAGUCGGGGGAGGAGCGGCGCGAGCACUUCCGGGCGUUGAUGGCCAAGGACAUGAGGCGGAUGAUGCGGCAGGUGCCGGAGCUCAUGUCCAAGACGGACAUGUUCGAGCUGCCGAUGCGAAGCGCGCUCAACAUCGCGCAGGUGGGCAUGUACGUGGUGGUUGUCCGCAUCGGCACCCCGGCGCUCCCCUACAGCCUCGCCCUGGAGACGGCCAACGAAGUCACCUGGAUCAACUGCCGCCUGCGCCGGCGCAAGGGCAAGCACCCUGGGCGGCCCCACGUGCCCCCCGCCGCCACCACCAUGUCCAUCCAAGUCGACGACGACGGAGGCGGAGGAGGGUCCGGCGGCAAGUCCAAGGUGACCAAGGUGAUCAUGAACUGGUACCGCCCUGCCAAGUCCUCCUCGUGGCGCCGCUUCCGCUGCUCCCAGCGCGCCUGCAUGGACCUCCCCUACAACACCUGCGAGAGCCCCGACCAGAACACCUCCUGCACCUACUACCAGGUGAUGAAGGACUCGACCAUCACCAGCGGCAUCUACGGCCAGGAGAAGGCCACCGUCGCCGUCUCCGACGGCACCAUGAAGAAGCUACCUGGCCUCGUCAUCGGCUGCUCCACCUUCGAGCACGGCGGAGCCGUCAACAGCCACGACGGCAUCCUCUCCCUCGGCAACAGCCCGUCGUCCUUCGGCAUCGCUGCCGCCAGGCGCUUCGGUGGCCGCCUCUCCUUCUGCCUCCUCGCCACCACCAGCGGCCGCAACGCCUCCAGCUACCUCACCUUCGGCGCCAACCCGGCCGUCCAGGCUCCCGGCACCAUGGAGACGCCGCUCCUGUACAGGGACGUCGCGUACGGCGCCCAUGUCACCGGCAUCCUCGUCGGCGGUCAACCACUGGACAUCCCGCCCGAGGUGUGGGACGAGGGCCCCCUGGGGAACGACAACCCAGAAGCCGGCAUCAUCCUCGACACCGGCACCUCCAUAACCUACCUCGUGUCGGCGGUGUACGACCCGGUGACGGCGGCGCUGGACAGCCACCUGGCGCACCUGCCUAAGGCCGAAAUCAAGGGCUUCGAGUACUGCUACAACUGGACCUUCGCCGGUGACGGGGUGGACCCGGCUCACAACGUGACGAUACCCAGUUUCAGCAUCGAGAUGGCCGGGGAUGCGAGGCUGGCCGCCGACGCAAAGAGCAUCGUCGUUCCGGAGGUCGUCCCGGGGGUUGUCUGCCUCGGCUUCAACCGGAUUUCGCAAGGCCCCUCCAUCAUCGGCAACGUGCUCAUGCAGGAGCACAUCUGGGAGAUCGACCACAUGAGCACUGUGCUCAGGUUCAGGAAGGACAAAUGCAUCAACCAUCAGCAGCUCAACAGGCACCACAAGAAGGCCUCUUCUUCCUCCUCCUCCUCUUCCUCUUCUCCUCCUCCUUAUCCGGCCGCCUGACAACCUCGCUCGCACGCACGCAUCUUCAAUUCAUCUGCUGCAGCGGCUCAUCCCUCUCCUAUUAAUUACUCAUCUUCCGCAUAUAUAUAUAUAUAUCUGUAGCGUACGUACGUAUCUAUCAUGUGCGUACUCACUCCAUUAUUAAGCUCGCAUCGCAUGUAAUACUAUUACUUAUAUAUGUAAUAUAUAAUUAAUCAUAUAUAUACAUGUACUCUGCUCUACUACUACUACUACAGAAGUCUAUAUAUACAUUUGCUUGUCCUUCUAUA